AGACACUACAUCGUCUUCAACUACCUCUUUCUCUCACUCUUUCUCUCUGAAGCCAAAGCCAUGGAUCGCGCCCAGAUCAUUCUGCUAGGGUUACCACUCUUCCUCUUCUGCUUCGAUAUCCUUAACCUCUUCACUCUCCGACCACCACCGCCUCCGCCGCACAAGGCUCCCCAUCACCUCCAAAACAAACCUCCACCGUUGCCCAAAGACUCCCUAGCCUUCCCCUCACAGAAACCAAGGGAUGGAGCAAUCGGCGUCGGCAACACAGUCAAGAUUAGCUUCUGCACCUCUUGCUCUUACAAGGGGACUGCAGUAACAAUGACCAAGAUGAUAGAGUCUGCUUUUCCUGGGAUUGACAUUGUUCUUUCAAACUAUCCCCCAGCUUUACCAAAGCGUGUGCUUAGCAAACUAGUUCCUGUUGUUCAAUUUGGAAUGUUUGGGCUUGUCAUGGGGGGUGAGCAACUUUUCCCUAUGGUGGGGAUGGCACCUCCUCCUUGGCUUUAUUCUUUGCGUGCGAAUAGGUUUGGAACCAUGGCGUCGACUUGGCUUCUUGGUAAUGCGCUCCAGUCCUUCCUUCAAGGCACUGGCGCUUUUGAAGUCUCUCUCAACGAUGAAUUGAUUUUCUCCAAGCUCGAGGAAGGAAGAUUUCCAGGAGAGAUUGAACUAAGAGAUGCAAUUGGCAGGAAGUUGGUCAAUUCAGGAAUCACAGGUGAUGGGGCAUUAUGGACCUAGUCUGCUUAUAAAGUUCUGAUUGUACACCACUUUUAUAGUUGGUUCGUGUUGGGAGUGAACUAGUUAAUCAUCAAUAUUGUUUGAAGAAGUAGUAUCAGUAAAUGUUUUGCAGAUAGGUUGGACCUUUUGUGUACAAUAUCUGAUUCUCCAUUUCUGUGAGACAGGUCUUGGAUGUUGUUAGUAUACAUUAACAUCCCUCUAUAUAAUACCUGUUCUAAUCUAAAUUUGAACACAGUUGGCGUCGAGAGAAAUAUUUGAACACAGUUUUUUUAUGU